UACCCGUUUAACUGCUGGCAGGCGGCAGCUGCCGCCUCACGCCCUGCAGGCCGGUCCCGGGCAGCGGCGGUGAGGGCCGCGUUCGGCAGCCGCCCGUCCGGGAACGUCGUGUCUCGGUCUGCAGGCUCCGCUGGGCGGAGCGGGUUCGGCUGCCUCCUCUGCUCGGACACUGGUCUCGCCCUGCAGCCCCGGGAGGGCAGCAGGCUGUGAGGACGUCGCGUGUGAGAGCGGGCUGGAGUUGUUAGCUGGCGUGCUGAGCUCCGCAGGGCCUGAAGUCACCGUCAGGCUGGAAGGAGAGAGGCAGAUCUCUGCGGUAGCCGCCUGCCUGUCUGCUUGGGAGCUUCUCGGCCUGGCGCUUGGAGGGCUUUCUUGUCGGAAGGGACUACAACCUGCAGCUUUCCGCUCUGAUUUCGGAGGAAUCGAUAAGCGUGCCGUGCUGCCCGCAGCUGCCGAGCUUUGGUGCGAAGUAUGAUUUGAAACAGUCAACAUGGACUUUUCACGUCUACACACGUACACUCCUCCCCAAUGUCUGCCAGAGAACACUGGCUAUACAUAUGCACUCAGUUCAAGUUAUUCUUCAUCUGCUUUGGAUUUUGAGACUGAAAACAAAAUAGAUCCAGUAUUUGAUUCACCAAGAAUGUCACGGCGUAGUUUACGGUUAGCUGCUUUAGGACUCAAAUCAAAUGAUGCACAAAACGAUAUCCAUCAUGACAGUGCUUAUACUGGAAACCUGUCCUUCAGAGAACAGUCUUCUAAUGUGGCGAAGCAACGCAGAAGUGUAAAUAAGCAGUCUGAGGGUGCAAGACACAAGCAAAGGAAGACUAUAUCCAGCUCUUCCAUUUUUAGCCAAAACAGUUUCAAUAGCCAUGCCAGUGACACAUCAAUGGUGUCCACUGCAUUGGAUGAAACUUCAAUUCGAGAGCAGACAGAAGUUGAUCAUUUGUGGGGUCUGGAUGAUGAAAGCGACCCUAAAGGACGUGAUGCUGCACUGGUGCAGGGAAAUGGUGAGAUCUCAACAGGAGAAACACAGACCACAAUGAUUAACGGCUACAUUUGCAGUGACUGCAGCAUGCUUUCUGAAAGGAAGGAGGUUCUUACAGCCUACUCAGCUUCCCAUGUGCCAUCUUCCAGAAUUUAUUCUAGGGACAGGAGCCAGAAGCAUACAUCUAGAGGAACCUAUUUCUACAUGAGUAAGAUUCUGCGAUUGGUCAAACAUACUGCAGCAUCUUUUGCAUCACUAUUAGUGCAACUAUUUCAAAUGGUUUUGCUGAAGCUGGGUUAUGAAUUUAAAGCUCACUCAGACUACUGUGGAAGCAUGAAUGUAAAAGAGUUCUACAGAGAAGACAGCUAUCUUGGUGUAAAUGAGGAAUCAAUAUGUGAUGACUGUAAGGGGAAGAAACAUCUUGAAAUAUACACCACAGACCACAUGCAAUCCUCACGGGCUAAAAGGGUAGCAAGGACCAUUUGGCACACCUUUUCUUAUGCAGGUUACUUUAUGGUUCACGUGUUGCAAACAGUGGGAGCAACAGGAUGGCUUGUGUCUCAGAAGGUGGUGUCUCUACUUUGGCUGGCCAUUCUUUCUCCAGGGAGGGCAUCCUCUGCCAUGUUCAGGUUGCUUAGAACUGGGUGGUAUCAACUUGUUACUCUGAUGUCUUUGCUCAAGGUGUUUCUUCUAAGAAGAUGCCUUCCAAAGAUCUACAAGCCGUUACUGUUUCUUAUCCCACUCCUGUUUCUCCUAGGUAUUUGGUACUGGGGGUCAGGUGGCUUCAUUUCAUUACUGCCUUCAUUCAACUGGACAAGAACCGAUACAAUGCAGAGAACAGAUGACUCAGUUAGUGUUUCUGAACCACAGGCUGAUUCUUUUUACCCUGUGCAACCUCCAGAGGAUACCAUAAAUAUUUUGGAUUCUGGUCGUAUACGUGAGCUGGAAAAGCAGAUGGCCUUAGUGUCUGACAGAUGCCAUCACCGUGAUGAAAAAUACAGUGAAGUGAUGCUUCUACUCCAGAACCUUCAAGACCAGGUUGCUCAGAUGAGUGACAAAAGUGAAACAUUGAUGCUAGUAAAAAAUGUGAUUAGUCAACAUCUUAAAGAUGUGAAACUGGAGGACAAGACUGACUUCCUGGCUUUACAUCAAGAACAUGAGUUGCGCAUCCUGCAACUUGAAGACCUUCUUGGGAAACUCUCUGCUGAAUCCAAGGACAUCCAGAAGAAGCUUGACAUAACCAAAGCAAAAUCAGUGAGAGAUGAUUAUGAGCAUAAUCAACUUUUGUCCAAAGUCAAACAGCUAGAACUAGAGUUGUCUCAGAUGAAAUCAGAGCUGCUAAGUGUGGAAAGUGUGAAGACAAGCUGCAAGAAAAUAGAUGGCAUUCUUGAAAAAGUAGAUGCCCAGGUCAGAGAAUCUGUCAAGCUAAUGCUCUUUGGUAAUCAAAAAGAAGACCUCCCUGAAUCGCUUCUCCAAUGGAUCACGUCCAACUUUGUGAGCAGGAGUGAUCUGCAGGCUUCACUGCGGGAUCUAGAAUUGAAGAUCCUCAAGAAUAUAACUCUCCAUCUGUCUGUUACAAACCAAAAAAUAACACCUGAAGUCGUAACAAAUGCUGUGUCUAAUGCAGGGAUUUCUGGAAUCACAGAAGCACAAGCACAGAUUAUUGUAAACAAUGCACUGAAACUCUACUCUCAAGACAAGACGGGUAUGGUGGAUUUUGCCUUGGAAUCUGGAGGUGGCAGCAUUCUGGGUACUCGCUGUUCUGAAACCUAUGAGACCAAAACAGCAUUAAUCAGCCUCUUUGGAAUUCCUCUGUGGUACUUCUCUCAGUCUCCCAGAGUGGUGAUUCAGCCUGACAUGUAUCCAGGAAACUGCUGGGCUUUCAGAGGAUCCCAGGGGUAUCUUGUAGUGAGGCUUUCCAUGAAGAUCUAUCCAACUGCCUUCACACUGGAACACAUACCAAAAACACUUUCACCAACAGGAAAUAUCACCAGUGCUCCUAGGAACUUUUCAGUCUAUGGUCUGGACCAUGAAUAUCAAGAAGAAGGUGAGCUUCUAGGACAGUAUGUCUAUGAUCAAGAAGGAGAACCACUGCAGAUGUUUCCAGUGAUGGAGCAAAGUGAAAAUGCAUUCCAGAUAGUGGAACUGAGAAUUCUUUCUAACUGGGGCCAUGCAGAGUACACAUGUCUUUAUCGGUUCAGAGUGCACGGGAAACCUGCCCAGUAAUCUCCUACACUACAGCUUGGGUUGUUCUUUGUUGUACAUUUUGUUCUCAAUCUGUAUAUACCGGAAAGCCUAGAACACUGGAAUCUUUAAAGGACGAGGAUGCAAGAUCUCUACUGCAGAACUAUUGAUCCUCUAACAAAGGCAGAAGACUGUCAGCAGAACUGAAUAAAAGCUAAUUUUUAUUUGCUCUAAUGCUCAGCUUGUAAUUGCCAGUUAGCUUUAUAUUUUUGUGUCCAUGCUGAGAGGAAUAAUGCAUGCAAACUGCUCGGGUUCAUCAAGCCCAGUGGGCAAACAGGCAACACCACCUAUUUUAUUACAAAUGAAUGUAUAGGCUUUUUUUAAAGAAUAAACCACACUUUCUGCAACUAGGAAUCUGCCUUUUUUUUUUUUUUUUUUUUUCCCCUAACCCAGGAAUUAACUGCAUAUAUAAGCCUGGCACCAUAAGCCAAAAACUGUGGUACAUUUUAAACACUGACUGUGGCUGAAGGUGUCCUUCAGUUGUCCCUUGGUUUUGAUCUUUUUGGUGGUUCCAAAAGGGCUUCUUUGUGAUACAUGUUGAAUAUAAUUAUUACUGUCAGGGAAAGGUAACACAACCAAAACUAGUUUAAACACCAGCUACUGAGAAUGCUUUACUGUAAUUUGGGGCCAUGGAUUGCUCUAAAAGUCAGGGAUAACUUUAACUGAAGUUAUUGAAAGGGUUUUUACUAUAGCAACUUGGCCAGUUUGUUUUUUGUUAGUGUUAAAUCCAAAUCAACCUUGAUGUAUUGACUUACUGGAUGAGAGCUGAUAAACCUGCUAAAUUGCUUAGGAAACAUGAAUAUACAACAAUUGAAGAAUUUUAAUUUGUCAAAGGUAAUCUGUUUGGGACAAGAAUUCCCGUGAUGGUUCACUGUUCACCUCAGUAGAUGCUGUACCCUGAGAGUGCAGCAUGUGGGAGACACAACUGAAGUGAACCUCACUACUCCACACUUACAAGAGGGACUUGUGCUCAGUGCUGCUGUGCUGGGACACACAGGCAUUCCUUAAUCAUCCCAGAAACCUUAGAGAAGAUGAGACUCGAUGUCUUUGCUCUCAGAAGCAGUAUUUCCAUCACAGACUGAGCUGUAUCUGUUUAUUUCCCCCCUUAGGACUGCAAUUUUGAAGAUCCUUUUCAGAAAAGAUUCCUGAAUUGUAUGCAGAAUUUUUAUUUUGCUGUUAUAAUGCAUUUUAUAGUUACAAACUGUUAACACAUGGAACUGCUGACUGGUUUUCUGAAUAGUUAUGUAUGUUGCACAACAGUCCUUGAAUGUUUUAAAAAAAAAAAAAGUCUCCAGGUGAAGAAUUUUUGUUUCACUUGAGCUAGAGACAGAGCCUAUGGCCUACUCAGAGGAGCUAGAUCACAUGUACAGGUGUUUUCAUAUUAUAGGUUACAUAUUUAAAAUUAGAAUUAUCCUGUAUAAAUUGAAAUUAGGUAGCUGGGGUGGGAAUAUUUUGAAUAACACUAACUUAUUUUUUAAAAAAGCAAGAUAGGACUUUGUGCAAUGUAUUUUUGUAAAUGCUUUUCAAAACGUCUGUUACUCUUUGCUGCCUCCCACCUGACAAGAUGCUAUUGAGAUGUUUAAAUUAAAAAAAAAAAGAGUUUUAAUUUUUUGAAAGUGCAUGUAAUAUUUGAAACAAGAAAUAAAGCUGCUUUUUCCGUA